CUCACGUCAUCUGUCAGUUACUGCUAAUGGCGUCAGGAAACUCUCGUUUCUUCCUUAUCGUGAUUUGACAGAGAGUCGCUUUCAAAACUUAUGUGCGAGAAUCUACUUGCGAGAAAUUCUUGGAAUCUUCCUUUUUUGUUGCAAUGACCCGACCUGCUGAUCACAAGAAAUCCGUGAUAACAGAAGCCGGAUUCGUUGAGAUAAUUUGAGGCAGAUUAAAUGAAGAAAAAUGAAGUGAGACUUCCCGAAACUGAUCAGUACAUGAAUGAACUUUCUGCUGACACGCGUCGAGGAAAUGAACGCAAUUGAUAUCAUGGAAUAACGAGCAACACGAUGUGGUUCAGAUUGAGACGAUCUCGCCGUCUGGCGAUGAUCAUUUUCUCGAUUGUCAUACUCGUAAGCGUAUUUUUGAUUUGGUCCAGAAGCCAAGGCAAAAGCACUGAUUGGCAAAAUGACUUCAUCUCAAUAAGGUCACAUGGAAAUCAAAAAGAUUACAUCGAUCGUCGAGGAAUUCAUGUAGUAGUCGGUCAUUACAUAGGAGACUCUGUAGAUUCUUUAAAAACUCCAAAUAUCACGAAAGAUAUUAUAAAUAAAAAUUUGUUUGAUCCACGACCAUUUGAAGGUAAAAAUGGAGAACCUGUAAUAAUACAUCCAAAAGAUUUUUAUAAGAUGCAGCAAUUAUACCAGAUUAAUCGAUUUAAUUUAAUGGUUAGUGAUAGGAUACCAUUAAAUCGAUCUUUACCCGAUGUUAGAAAAAAGAAAUGCAUUUCAAGAUAUGCGAAUCUAGGCAAUUUGCCGAAAACGUCGAUUGUUAUAGUAUUUCAUAAUGAAGCAUGGAGUACUUUAUUACGAACAGUGCAUAGUGUCAUCAAUAGAUCGCCGAAAGAAUUAUUGGAAGAAAUUAUUCUUGUUGAUGAUAAUAGUGAAAGAGAAUUUUUGAAAAGUCCCUUGGAUGAUUACAUAAAAACUCUAAGUGUUCCUACAAGAGUUUUGCGAUCUAAGGAACGGAUAGGAUUAAUAAAAGCGAGGCUUUUGGGAGCAAACAAUGCUAAAGGCGAAGUUCUCACUUUUCUCGAUGCUCACUGUGAAUGUACGGUUGGAUGGUUGGAACCAUUACUUGAAGCUGUCGGUAAAAACGCGACAAGAGUCGUCUCUCCAGUAAUUGACAUAAUAAACGAUGAUACUUUUAGUUAUACAAGAUCAUUUGAGCUCCAUUGGGGUGCAUUCAACUGGGAUUUACAUUUUCGGUGGCUAACAUUAAAUGGCCGUUUGUUGAAGGAAAGGCGCGAUAACAUAGUCGAACCAUUUCGAACACCCGCCAUGGCAGGUGGGUUAUUUUCUAUGAACAAGGAUUAUUUCUUUAAAUUGGGCAGUUAUGACGAUGAGAUGCGAAUCUGGGGUGGCGAGAACUUGGAAUUGUCAUUUCGAACUUGGCAAUGCGGAGGCAGUAUCGAAAUUGCUCCUUGCUCCCACGUUGGGCAUCUCUUUCGAAAGUCUUCCCCUUACACUUUCCCGGGCGGCGUCGGUGAUAUCUUAUACGGUAAUCUUGCCAGAGUCGCUUUGGUGUGGAUGGAUCAAUGGGCAGAGUUUUAUUUCAAGUUCAAUCCUGAGGCAGCUAGAUUGAGAUACAAGCAGCAGGUUCGUUCGAGAUUAGCUUUACGUGAGAAACUGCAGUGUAAAAGCUUUGAAUGGUACUUGGAGAAUGUAUGGCCCGAACACUUCUUUCCUACGGACAAUCGUUUCUUCGGCAGGAUAGUGCACGCCGCAACAAAGAGAUGCAUCAUGCGACCGACUACGAAAGGUUCAUAUGCGCAACCUUCGGGGAAUGCGGUUCUACACUCGUGCAUACCGCGACCGAUGCUCAGCCAGAUGUUCGUGAUGACCAAAAACGGAGUGAUAAUGACGGACGAAAGUGUAUGUUUGGAUGCAUCAGAACGAGAUACGCAGCAAAGAACGCCGAAAGUGAAAAUAAUGGCAUGUAGCGGUCUUGAAAGACAAAAAUGGCAAUACGAUGAACAAAUGAAAGUAUUUUUGCAUAUGCCUUCCGAGAUGUGUCUUCAGGCAACGGACGACGAUACGCUUGUAAUAGCGGCUUGUACUAAAAAUCUUGAUCAGCAAUGGAUUUUGGAACCAGUUCUUUGGAAAUAAUAAUUGUAAUGUCACUACGUCAGUAAUGAAAAAGAUAUGAGAAGAUAGUGUAUUAAUGAAUUGUCAGUCUGUCAGCAAUUAAUGGACACUUUUCUUGUGACAACCAGAUUUACAUUCCACACGACAGUUUAUGUAUGGCUGUCAUUUUGAUGAAAAAUUAAUAUUUUUGUACUUUUAUAUUCUUUGACAAAUUCACAGAUAUUUCUAUGACAAUAUUUCAAUGUGCAAUAAAAAAUAAGAUAUUAUCACUUA